CCUGCUAGUUUAGCUGUGGAGGCGCUGGGCUGCAGACAGCGCUGCUCGGCUCAUGUACUGAUAUAUUCCUCAGCGAAGAGUUUCCGCAGCUUUGCAUCACGAAACGGCUGAUUUUCUGGACUUUCUAAAUGAUCUAAACUAGUUUGUGGCGGUUCAUGUGUCUUGUAGUUUGCGUUAGUUCGCUAUAACUGCGUAAUAACGCAGUUUUCCUCAGAACGGAGGCGCUAAAACGAUACGGGACGAGUUUUAAUGUGGAUUAAAUGUCGAAUUCGCUUCCAGUUUGAGAAUAAAAGGUGAUAAACUGCUGAAACGAGCAUGUCUAAACGGGGGAGAAGCGGGGAAGCGUGUGCAGACUGCGGGCUACCAGAUCCACACUGGGCGUCAGUAAACAGAGCGGUGCUGAUCUGUGAUCAGUGCUGCAGUGUGCACCGCAGUCUUGGACGCCACAGCUCCCAGAUACGCCACCUCGUACACACCGUCUGGUCUCCAACACAACUACAGAUGGUUCGGACGCUGUUUAAAAGCGGGUCGAACUCUAUUUGGGAGCAUUCUCUGCAGGACUCAUCCUCAGCGGCCAGCGGCAGGAAGAAAAACAUCCCUCAGGAUAAACUGCACCCAAACAAAGCCGAGUUCAUCAGGGCCAAGUACCAGAUGCUGGCUUUCAUCCUUCGGAUGCCGUGUCGCGAUGAUGACAGCUGCACAGCCAAGGACCUGAGCAAGCAACUUCACUCCAGCGUACGGACGGGUAAUCUGGAGACCAGUUUGCGGCUGCUGUCGCUCGGAGCUCAGGCUAACUUCUUCCACCCGGAGAAGGGAAACACGCCGCUGCAUGUAGCGGCUAAAGCUGGUCAGGUGUCUCAGGUGGAGCUGCUGUCGGUGUACGGAGCCGACCCCGGGGCGCCAGACGCUAACGGAAACACACCCAUCGAAUACGCAAGACAGGCGGGUCACCCGGACCUGGCUGAUCGGCUGGUGGAGAUCCAGUACGAGCUGACGGACAGGUUGGCCUUUUACCUGUGCGGCCGGAGACCAGAUCAUAAGAACGGACAGCACUUCAUAAUCCCGCAGCUGGCAGACAGCAAUCAGGAUCUGUCUGAGCUGCGAAAAGCUGCUAAACUAAAACUGCAGUCGCUCAGUAAUCGUCUGUUUGAGGAGCUGGCGAUGGACGUGUAUGAUGAGGUGGACAGGAGAGAAACAGACGCUGUUUGGUUGACCACACAGAGCCACAGCACCCUGGUGGCUGAAGCCGUGAUCGUGCCUUUCCUUCCUGUGAACCCCGAGUACUCCUCCACCCGAAACCAGGGAAGACAGAAGUUGGCCAGAUUUAAUGCUCAUGAAUUUGCCACUCUUAUCAUCGACAUCCUGAGCGAUGCGAUGCGCCGUCAGCACGGGAACUCAGCCACCAGCCCUAAAGAUGAGCUGAUCCUGAAGAGAGCCAGCAGUCGUCACGCGAGCGACAGUCAGGAACCUGAUCAGCCUGAUUACGACAGCGUGGCGUCAGAUGAAGACACGGACGCUGAAGUGCAUCCUGCUAAAACGGGACGAGCUAAGAGUCUGGACUCGGACCAGUCGGACGGGCCGGUGACGGUGCAGGACUUCCUGGAGGUGAAGAACGCCCUGCUGGCCUCGGAGGCUAAAAUCGAGCAGCUGAUGAAGGCCAACGUCUCGCUGACGGAGGAGCUGCGGCUCCUGCAGAAAAAGCUUCUCUCUCUGCAAAGUGAGAACAGCUCUCUCAGGAGCCAGGUUCCCUCUCAGACCCCCAGGGCUCCCGAAGCCCUGAACCCCCCCGUACCCCUGAAAACCCGCCCCAUGUCCAUGUACGAGACCAGCUCAGGUCUGAGGCCUUUUCUCCCUAAAGGAGAUCAGCAGCUUCAGUCUGAGGAGAUCUCCUCCCUGCAGCCCUUCCUAACACAACUGGAACAGGGUGUUUUUACGUCCCCCCAUUUCUCCACCUCGUCCCUCCCCUCGUCCCUGUCCUCGUCCCGGACCCUGCGCUGUCCUCCGGCUAAGGAGUUCCCUCCCCUCUCCUCCUCUCUUCCUCCCUCGCUCCUCUCCUCCACCUCCUCCUCCGCCCUCCAUCCGUCCCCGAGCUGGUGCUGUCACCUGGGAUGUAUCUCUGUCUCCAAGGCUGAUAAGCAGAGCAGUGUAUCUGAGGGGGAUUAUGACAACACGGUCCACGACUCUGAACUGGAGGAUCCUGGGCUGGAUGGUAAAAGCAGGCUGCAGGGCCUCGGAUGGGGGGAGGGGCCAGAUGGCCAGGAGGCGGAGCCUAACACAGCACUCCCGGCUACAGAGGACGUGAUCCAAAAAACCGAGCAGAUCACCAAAAAUAUCCAAGCGCUGCUGAAAGCCGCCCAGGAGAGCCAGCCCAGCAGCAAGCCGUGUGAGGCGCGGGACGGCGUGCGGAGGCUCCGGCACAGUCUGGGCUGUUUCAGUACCCUCAUGCCCUGGGCCGAGAAGCCCCCCUCCCCCCUGCAGCCCCUCGGGCUCCGCAGCUCUGCAACGUCCAGCUGCCCCAAAACCCCCAUCAGCCCCAACAACCCGGCAUCCUGCUUUAUAUCCUGUGCAGAAAGAAUACACCUGGCUGUAAGUGACAUGGCGGCGUUAUUCCCCAAGAAGCCUCGCUCGGAGUCGGUCGGGGUCCCUCUGCGGCUGCUCAAAUCCAGCGCUCAGCAGCUGCAGCUCCAGUGCAGGAAAACGUCGGCGCAGGACGGCGUCUUCAUGCAGCAGAUCAUCCAGUGCGCCUACGACAUCGCCAGGGCCGCCAAACAACUCGUCACAGUAACCACCAAAGAGAACAGCAAAUGAUCCCCCCUCCUCCCAAUAGAAUCGUAUAAAUUUAGUCUGUUUUAUAUCAGCAUUAUUUGCAUGAUUUUGUUUUUUUAUUUAAGACCAUUGGAACAGUAUAAUAAUAAUAUUUACUAAUACAGACCUAAACCAAUCAGGAUAAAAACUGUGAGAUAAAAGUGAGUUUAGGAAGUGUAAUAAGCACAGAACCAGUCAAAAGCUUGGAUUCACCUUAAAUUUAGUGUUUUUUUUAUUAUUUUACAUUAUUAGUCAUCCAAACUGUGAUUAAAAAACAUACUGAAUUAUUUAGAAAACAAAAAAGUGUUAAAGCAGAAUAUGUUUUAUAUUUUACAUUAUUCAACAGUUUUAUGAGGUAGAGUCUCCUGGAAUUCAGGCUUUCAGUUAACAGCUGUGCUGAACUCAUCAAGAGUUAAUUACUUGAAUUUCUUGUCUCUUAAUAAAGUGUUUGAGAGCAUCAGUUAAAGUAAAGUAGUGAAGAGGUAGAGUUACAGGUAUACAGUGAAUAGUGAAUAUUUGAGUAAUGUUCUAAUCCAGAUUAUGAGAAACAACAACUACUCAACUAAAUAAAUAAAAACAAUACUUUAAGAAAGUAUCCUCAAGUGUAGUCGCCACAAAAAACAUCAAAACGAAAAAUAUUUAUAAUGAUGGAACUGGCACUCAUCAGGACUGCCCCAAGAAAGGAAGAGUAAGAGUUUCCUCUGUUGUACAGGAUAAGUUGAUCAGAGUUACCAGCCUCAGAAACCGCAAGUUAACAAACAGCUCCCCAGACAUUUUGGGUUUGUUUAACACUGUUUUUAAGUUACUACAUGAUUUCUUAUGUGUUCCUUCAUAGCCUGGAUCACUUCACUAUCGUAAAAGAUGUGUCCAAUUUUUUGACUGGAACUAUAUAUGUUUAUUAAAGGUUAGUGUAUGUAUAAACAGGAAGUGAUGUCACCAUGUUAAAGUGAGGAUGGGACUCAGUAAGUGUUGCAGAAUGAUUUAUGUUUAAAGGGUUCAGGCACUAAAUACAGGCUCCGCCCACAAAUACUAGUGCAUCUCAAAAAAUUACUUUAUUUCAGUAAUUCCGUUCAAAAUAUGAAACUCUUAUUAUGUAGAUGUAUUAAACACAGAGUGAUCUAUUUUAAGUGUUUAUUUUAUUGUUGAUGAUUUUGGCUUACAGCCAAUGAAAACCCAAAAAUCAGUGUAUCAAGAAAAUAUAUGGAGAUGCGGAUUUCUUUUUCCAGCAGGACUUGGCAAAAGUGUCAAUUGGUCUCGUAUAAUAUUCUUAUUUCUGAGACACUGAUUUUUGGGUUUUCAUUGGCUGUAAGCCAUAAUCAUCAACAAUAAAAGAAAAUAGAUCACUCAGUGUUUAAUACAUCUAUAUAAUGAGUUUUAUAUAUUGAACUGAAUUACUGAGUAACUUUUUAAUGAUAUUCAAUUUUUUUGAGAUGCACUAAUAUAUAUAAUGUUUGUAGCUAAUGAUUGAUUGGAUAAUUGUGCAAGUAAAAAACAAGCAACCAGCUACUAUUGGCUUUUAACCAAAAACUAAAAUAUCAACUUUAAUCAUUUCUACUUUGAACACUACUGUCGUUUAGACUAAAUGAAAGAAUCUGAUGAACAUUAUGGAAUGUAUCUAUGCAUUACUGGUUAUCGCUGGCGAUAACAGACUUCUGAUAUAUGAGUUAAGAGUGGUUUGUGCUUCAAUCACUGUAAUAACAUGCAGUAAAUCAUUAUAUACUCUAACUCUAUUGUAAGAAGCUGAUGAGGAUGUUGAACUAAAAGGUGCUACUCUUCAGCAUGGCGGAGUUAGAAGAAUAUAUCUGUAAUGUUUUUCAAAUAAAAUAAAACGUACGUUUGAUGCUGUAAUGUGUUUU